AUGGGCAGUCCUCUGCUUUUAUAUGUAAUGAAUGCGUUCCUGAAAAACCGGGUCCACUCAGACAACAGUCGGAACUUCAGGACUGAUCGGCAACAGCUGCUUCAGGAGUGGGUGCUGUGGUCCUCUCCAGUGCACAGGCAACAGAUGAGCGCUCAAGCCCUCACACGUCUGUCUUUGUUUUGUUUCAGUUUUACAGAGUUUUUGGAUCCGUUCCAGAGAGUCAUCCAGCCAGAAGAGAUCUGGCUCUAUAAAAAUCCUUUGGUGCAAUCAGACAACAUACCUACCCGCCUCAUGUUUGCAAUUUCUUUCCUCACACCCCUGGCUGUUAUUUGUGUGGUGAAAAUUAUCCGGCGAACAGACAAGACUGAAAUUAAGGAAGCCUUCUUAGCGGUGUCCUUGGCUCUUGCUCUGAAUGGAGUCUGCACAAACACUAUUAAGUUAAUAGUGGGAAGACCUCGCCCCGAUUUCUUUUACCGCUGCUUUCCAGAUGGAGUGAUGAACUCAGAAAUGCACUGCACGGGUGACCCCGAUCUGGUGUCCGAGGGCCGCAAAAGCUUCCCCAGCAUCCAUUCCUCCUAUUCUUUUGUCGGUGGAGUCAUUGGCCUCAUUUUUGCAUACAUUUGCUACAGACAGCACUACCCCCCUCUGGCCAACACAGCUUGUCACAAACCCUACGUCAGCCUCCGGGUCCCGACGUCCCUGAAGAAAGACGAGCGGCCCACCGCUGACAGCGCGCCCAGCAUGCCUCUGGAAGGCAUCACCGAAGGCCCCGUAUGACUAGGGUCUCAGGAGGAUGGACGCUGAGCCCAGGGCACGCUCUUCACCCCGGCAUCAUGACGCAAUAGAAGAGGUUUUCUGUAGUGUGUUUCUCAUCAGUUUCUUAAAGUUAUCCUUCUGCUUCCAUUUUGCUCAUGGUAUUCCUGCUACUUUAGAUGUGUCUUUUCAACUCUCUUGAAUUUGCAAAGGAAGGACGCAGGAAGACUCUCCGAGAGACAUAUUGGAAGGAGGCCGCAAGGACAGGGCGGGUGUGACUCGGUCCGUUCCUUUAUCUGAAAUGUUUGCUGUAACAGCCCCCGUCCUGUGUUCUCAUGGUCAUAAAACGUAAUAAUAAAGCCCCCCACCUGGAAGACGGGUGUGGGCCGUC